UGUAGGUGUUGUUGGAAAUAAUAAUCUGGUACAAAAUACUAUGGAUUUUGAUGUAACUGAGCCAAGGAUAGCUCUUUACGAUGAUGAAGAAGAACAGUUUGAGGAACAAAACGAGGAAACCGACCAACAAAUGGGAUCUUCAGAAACCCGUGAAGAUAUAGAAAUGACUGAUAAAGUAGACGAUAGGACAGGCCAUGAAUUAAAACAUUCAAUCAAUGAAUCUUCAACAGGAAAACUUUUUGUUGGAGGCAUUGCUUGGGAGACAACCGAAGAAUCUUUUAGGAAGCAUUUCAGCCAGUUUGGAGAGAUAACUGAUUCUGUAAUAAUGAUGGAUAGAAUCUCUGGAAGGCCACGAGGAUUUGGAUUUGUCACAUAUGCUGACCCGGAAAUUGCAAAUAAAGUUUUAGAGGAAGAUCAUAUCAUAGAUGGUAGAGCGGUGGAAGUGAAGAAAACAGUAUCUAAGGAGGACAUGCAUGUUAAAGGAGCAUUGAAAACAAAGAAAAUCUUUAUUGGUGGUCUUCCGUUAUCUUUAACUGAAGAUGAGUUGAAGGAAUAUUUUUCUUCUUAUGGCUAUGUCGUGGAGCAUCAGAUCAUGCUGGAUCAAAUCACUGGUCGGUCCCGAGGAUUUGGGUUUGUGACUUUUGAUAAUGAAGAAGCAGUUGAAAAGGUUUUAUCUAACGGCCAUAUGCAUGAACUUCGUGGUAAACAAGUUGAAAUUAAGAGGGCGGAGCCAAAGAGAGCUGGUGUUGAACAUGCAAGUGAAAACCGGCUACAUCGUGGUGGGAGUAGUUCAAAAUCAUAUGGUGGCAUUGGUGGUUCUGUAGAGGGUUUUGGUGGUGGAUAUGGUGGAAAGAUGGGUAGAGGGUAUGGUGGAUACGGAGGAUAUGAAGGAUACAGUGACUAUGGCGGGUAUGGCAAGUUUGCAGGAAGUUAUGGUGCAGGUCCUGCAGGAUUUUACCCUGGAUAUGGUGGAUACGGUUAUGGCUUUGGGUUUGGUGGAGCUAUGUAUGGUGCAGCUGCUUAUGGUGGCGGCAGCUAUGGUGCACCUGCCUACUAUGGCAGUGGUACUGGUUAUGGGAGUGGUGGCGGCUGGAAUGAUGGGGGUAAAGGCGGAUAUAUAGGUGGUGGCAAUCCUGCUGGUUAUGGUGGUGCAAAAGGUUAUGGUAGUGGUGGCAGCAGUGGUGGGGGAAACGGUGGUGCCAAUGCAUAUGGAAAUAGCGGUGCUAAUGGAAGGUUUCAUCCUUAUUGGAAGUGACAAAGUUUGACUUUGAGGUGGCAAGAACUGGAUUUGAUGACUUUUGACGGGUACCAUCUAGGUGUAAAGUCUCUGGUGAAUGGUGAUGGUUUUUGUUUCUUUUGGAGUUGAUGAUUUUGGUGCAUAAAGUUAUUCCUCACCCCACUAACUUCCAGUAGAUGUAUUAGCCUGUUAACUUUGGGAUAAUGAUAGGAUAGCAUAGUUCUUGUUUUAACUUUAUAAGUUAAGCAACCAUCAUAUUGUAAGUAAAGGAAGUUGAAAAUGUUUUUGAAUCCAUGCUAGAAAUAUUUAGACACCUCUCCAAUUGAAACUCCACAUUUCAAUUGUAGAUGACACCUUUGUGAAAGCCAUUGAAGUGAUAUAAUGA